AUGUUCAAUUUGAAACAUCGAGGCAGAAAGCUUGAGCGUUUUGAUGGACUCUCGCUCAUCUACUGGACACUAAUGGGCCCAUAUGGAUUAGAUCGAUGUGUACAUUCCAUGGAAUUCACUGACUGUGAGAAUGGAUUGGGAAUUAAAGUCAUUGGCGGUAUAAAAGAAUUAACUGGAGAGGAAUUUGGAGUCUAUGUGAAAAGGAUUUUGCCAGGUAGCAUUGCAGCAAAUAAUGGGCAACUGCAGUCUGGAGACCAGAUUUUGGAAGUGAAUGGGGAAAGUUUAAUAGGAAUCACAAGUGAAAGGGCUGUUGACAUCCUAAGAGCUGCAUCUGCAACCAACCGCAUGCGCCUUAUCAUUGCGAGGGAUGAGGAGGCCCGGAGAGAAUUUACUGAGCUGUUGGAGAAAUAUGGAUCUAACAACAGUAGUACAGGCUCUGCAAGAAAUUCGCCAAAUCAACAUGCAGGCAGAUGCUUAGACAGCACUUCAUCCUCCUCCUCAUCACGAUCACAGAGCCCACUACUUCUGAGCCCCGCUGGAUCUCAAAGCAUCUGCAAUGGUACAGGUCCACUGCUGCGGUCUCUCAGUCACCCAGGGGAAGGAGUCAUCCAGCUGAUCUCAGUGGCUCGCUCCUCCAAUCUGGGUAUCACUAUUGGUGGAGGCUCCAACAGACCUGAGGGGCCUGCUGUUUUCAUCCAAGAAGUCCUGUCUGGGGGGGACUGCCGCAGGGAUGGUCGGCUGAGACCAGGGGAUCAGCUAAUUGCCAUCAACAAAGAAUCUUUAAUAGGUGUGACCCACGAAGAAGCCAAAAGCACACUUAAUAAAGCCAAAUUCAGACAGGAGAGGACAGUGGAGAUUGCGUUCAUUCCUGGGAAAGGUGCCUUUCCCACCAGCACCUCUUUACACAGUGCUAUCCAGAAGGGCAUGGGGAAUGGGUUUAGUUCCUGCCGGUUAAAAGUGCACCUCAGAUCACCAGAGACACAGCAAGAGGAGCCUGCAUCAGUGCCUUCUUCACCUCCUGAUAUAUGUCCUUCAGACAUCUAUGUCUCAGGAUCCAGUGCGCCACAGCAAACAGCUGGAGCAGCCAAACCCAAGAUUUCCCUGGAUCCUCACAUCCGGCUCAGAUCAGACAAAUUAGACUUGGCUCUUGGGUAUCUGGGGUUAGAUGUUACAGAAGAAAAGAAGAGGAUCUUGAGACAGAGCAUAACAACAGACAGUCAAGGAACAGUGGCCUAUAGAGACUUUGUGGAGGCCACACAAGAUAUUCUACAAGACAAGCUGAGUGAGGCAGGUAUUUCCAAGGGGACUUUCAUGUUCUCUUAUCACGAAGCAGCCAGCCUGAUGGAUACCUCGGCUUUCCACUCACCAACCUAUGAUUCUGAGAGCUGCUACAGCACUAAGGAGCUGGAGAAGUUUCAAUCUGAGGUUGCUCAGCUUCAGCAUAAAAUGAAACACUUAAAGACGAUACUGAGGGACACAGAGAACAGUAAGAAAACCUUGGAAGAAGUGCUGCGGAAGACAUCAGAGGAGGCUACAGCCACAGUUAUGGAGAAUAAGUCUCUGAAGAGCCAGCUGCAGGCUGCAGAGACAGGGCAGCGACAGACAGACGGCGCUGAGAAGGACUAUGAGGAGGUGAUUCAGCUGCUGGAAGCCGAGAUAAAAGACCUGAAGAGUCAACUGGCUGAGAAGAACCUGAAAGGCCUGGAGGGUACAAAAGAGGACGUCCUUGAACUUAAGAGAAGGCUCUCUGUCUUUGAUUGCCAACUGAGGAAAUCUGAACUGACCAGAAAACAUCUGGAAAUUUCCAACAAAAAGCUACUGGGAUUUGCCCAGAAUGCUCACCGGGUGCUGUCUGCCUCCAAUUCAUUUGGUGCGGAAACAGGGAGUCCGAGAAUGUCUCCAGCAGCAGAUAUCCCUGACAGCCCUUCCCUCAUCCCAGACCCUGCGGGACAGCUGGCAGCUGAAGCCAAAGAGUUGGUGGAUAGAGUAUGUUCCAUCGGUCCUGAACACGCAUCACCAUGUUGUGUGGAGGACAGUAACACAAUAGAAGGGGAACAUUGCAUCACGGAGGAAGUGGCCAAACUGGUUCAUAUCCUUGACAGGUUUGAUGAGUAA